UCGAAAUCUCGAUCGAUAACUCGUCGUCAUUACCGGUGUAGAACGACACGACGCAGGGUUUCCCGAAAGGUUACUCGACUUCCGGUGAAAUCGAAGGAAUCACCGCGGAAAUGAUGGCAGACGAAGCUCGGAACCUUUCGGUUGGACGAUCUCGAAGCAACGCGACACGCGAUUCGAUCGACACGCGACCUCACUCACCCAGCUUCUCUGUUUCUGUCUGCCCGUCUCUCUGCCUCUCUCUGUCUCUUUACCCCGACUUCACGACCGUUGUCGCUGCUGCACACGCAACCCCCGUAUUCGAUUCUACCCGUUUCCGGCCAACGCCGUGCGAGCACGGCGACGCAACCCUGGACGACACGAAAACAGUGACCCCGACAGACGCUGCAAUCAGCACGACCAGCACCGUGAUGUCGACCGGUUCCGCGCCCAUCGCCAUCUCCACCCCGGUUAACUUCGCCGCCGGCCCAGUGAGUCCACCUCCGUUGACCUUGGCCGCCGGUCCAGGCCCAUCUCAUCAAGAGCAACCAGUGACGACCUCAGCGGCCAAGGUCACGAGCUACCCGGCCGUCCUGAAGGGCAGGACCGCCGCCAGUCCACCGAAUCCGAAUCUGGUACCUUCCGGCAAGAUUCCACCUCCUGUUCCGCCAAGAGGCACAGGUCAAUCGAGGACCACGAGGUCCUCCGAGGAACACCGUGGCCCUGGAACGGCCACCUCGACGUCCUCGAUGACAUCCAGCCGAGGUGGCACCCUUCCUUCCACUUGUUCCACCCCGCCCCCGCCCUUCGACGAUGCAGUGCGUUCGAACGACCAAACCCUGGCUUCCGGUGGUCAACUUCAACAGGGUGCACCGACCACCAUCUUAGCGAGCAGCCUGAGCAGUGCUCAGUCGAAGCAGAACAAAGUCGUGCAUCACGUCACUCUCACGAAGACUUAUCACGAUGCCGUGAGCAUAUCCGACGUGCACUUGGAGAGCAGCGGGAGCGGAAGCGGAAGUGGCGGAAGGGAAACGAAGUCGUCGUUGAGCGUGGAAAGCGGUGGCAGCAGUCGAGGUGGCGGUGGUCUGACGUGGACUCCACCGGCAGGUAGCGCGGAAGGCUCGACGCCCACCUGGACAGAGGGCACGCCGUCCUUCACCGAGAGUUCCAGCAGCGGUGACGCAGGUUGCCCGACCACGCCGAUCAGGGGUAGCCAUCGUCAGGAUGACGGCGGGAGGAUCGCUGCCACCGUUGAGGAGGCGCUAGCCAGUCUCACUACGGAAAUGAGAGAAACGAACAGCAAGACGAGGAAUCUCGUGGAUCAGAGAACGUCCCUCUCGAGAUACAGACAAGUGAGAACGAGUUUCAAACGCGCCAGCACGAACCACGUGUCGAUCUUGAGGAGCGUGCAAAGAGUGUUGAGCGUGCAGCGCCGGGAGCCAUAAGGAUCGGAAAGAAGCGGGACCUGUAAGACGAAUCGCGGUCUUUCGGGAACAAUUCAACGAGCCUCGCGCGUACACGCGCGGUAACAAUCGCGGUAAUAUACUGCGUAGAGAGCGGAUGCGAAAGAUCUAGGAUCGCGUGACCGGCAAGCAAACGCAGGAUUGUCGUCGAGAUCUGUGAUCAUGCGAAAAGCGUCUUAAGAAAAAGUUCUUCCUUUCAUAUUCAGCGUUAGGCGAGCGAUAUUUUUAGCUUAUUUUUACUAUUUGGUAAAUUUUUUUCUUUUUUUUCUCUUCCCUUUUCUAGUAUCAUCGAGACGUAGAGUUUAGCGAAACGAUGACUGUGCCUGUUUAAUCGGUUUUCACGAUAUUCGGACACAACUUCGAUCUUAAUCCUCUCGUGAUUGUAGAUCAGCCUUGCGUCUAAGUGUCUACUUAACUAACCGCGUAAGACUUCGUCUUUCAUAUAUUUCCUUUUUGUUUUCUUUUUUCUUUUUCGUUGCAUCAACGUCGUCGUGUCAUACGUUUUGAUAAUCAUAUAUCGUGGAAUAAGAAGAUAGAGACGAAAAUAAAACCUCGCGUUGAGGGAAUUAUCGAAGCAAUAUCACGGUCGAGAGGAGGAUAGACUCCUCGCAUAAUUUUGUAACGUGGAUACAAUCGUACCAAGGAAUUGGCAGGACGAAUAACGGCGAUUUUAUGGAUCGGCUCGUUUCGCGAUCGUUCCAGCAACUACUUUACCUCUCUUCGAGCUUCUUCCCUCCGAUCCUCGAGAUUUUCUGGCUGUUCAUAUUGCUGCGCGUUCUAGUGUAUACCCCCCGUAGCGUUUUUAUUCGAACGACGAAGGACAAAAGAGUCUCGAGGAUGGUCCCUGAACCGUAACGGGAGAAGAAGCCGAAGAGCACUCGGGGAAUACGACGAAACUGCGAGACAUUUUUUCGAUUUCUUCGAUUUUCUUUUUAUUUUCUCCUUCGAAGUACACUUUGCGAGUUAUUCCUUCGACCUCUUCGAAAUUUCGUAGGCAAAACUGUAGUAGCUUUCGACGGAGCGCGAUUCAUCCCCGUUUAGGUAUCACGCGACGCGUUACCCGAGCUCAGGUUUUCGAGUUUGUUACCCGAAAGUCGAACCUCUUAGCCGUGGAGUGAAAUUUCGAGCAGAUUUCUGCGAUCGUGGAGGAAUCGCGAGACCAAAUGUGCCAUUGAAGAUGUUCGAUUGCGCGUAGAAACGCGAGGUUGCUACGGCAAUCACGAACGAUCGCAGUCGCAGGGAUGAACAACCCUUUAACCGUGCGACACGUGUCAACGAGUAGCAUGUACGAUUGACAGAGACACGUGGAUGAUGGAUUUCACGAUGAAAGCUUAGUUUUUCGCGUUUCGUCGCUGCGUAUCGAAGUUUCGUCGCGAUUCUUCGUUUGAAAUUCGAUCGCCAGGUUAAAGGGUUGAAAAGCGGCGAGCGAACGACAGUCAUGGAUCGGUUGCGCCAUCGCCAUCUUCCCUCGAGUGUCGCGUUUCCGAUUUAAGCACGGCCCGAGAGCGUUCUGCCACUAUUUUUACUGAUUUCUAUUCCACGGGAGUUUUCCUUUUCUAUUUCCGUUGCGCGAAGGAAAGGAGGUAGGAGGAGAAAGCAUCCCCAGGGACGUCGUCGCGACAGCCGGUCCGUUUCUGCUUUCCCGUUCGAGAGCCACGUUACGGAAACGUAUAAAUAUAUAAGGUUACGUUGAAACGUCGAGGCUAAACGAUACGAAAAGGUUCACCGCGCGAUGAUUCGUAAGCGAUCGUUCAACCGUGCUGUUACGAACAAAUUUGUCACUUAACCGAGAAUCCUCGGCGAUACGAUAAUAUUACGAUUAUGAUCAUUAUGAUUACUACUAUCACCAUGAUUACUGAUAUUAUUUAAAUAAAGCAGUUACUAUUA